AUGACUUCUGUUCCUCGAACCUGUACGGAGUGGAAGGCGGCUUUGGCCGAGAUCAAGAGAGACUACAUGGGCCGACGGUUCAGAGAGUGUUCUACGCGCUGUCGUGAAAUCCUCCUCCACACAGACGAGCUUGAUCAAGCCAAUCCAGUGUAUCUCGUCUAUCUUCACUUCUACGCAGCCACGGCGCUUGAAGUGCAGGCGCUCACAAUUCACCACUCCUCACCAUCCCGCGCCGCUCUUCUGAAGCAGGCAUACGACCACCUCAGUACCGCGUCCAAGCUCGCCAAGCAUGCUGAUGAAGACAUGAGUCGGCCCACGUCGCGAUUUUCCUCUGCCUUGUCCGGCUUACAUUCUCCCGGCUUACAUUCUCCAGCCGGCUCUGACUCGUCUGCAUCAACAGCUUUUACAACAAGAUCCUCCACAACCGCAUCCGUCUGCUCUGUCGACGAAGUCGCCUUGAAGCCUUGUCCAACGCCCAGGCCAAAGAAGCGCGUCGCUUUCUGUGACAAACCCAUGGUGGAGCCUAUUAUUCGGCCAGAUUCCCCUACUCUUGGUUUCGACGAAUGGCUCGGUCGAUCCUCACCAGAGCCCGUCUACCCCGAAUCUAUCCUAAAAAGCGUCAAGCCUUCGCUGUCGGUAGUUGUCUCUGCCCCCUUGGCACCAGCCAGUCCAAGUCUCGGCGAUGUCGAAGACGUCGACCCCUUCUUUUAUACCCGGUCCAUCCACCGGUUCUGUACUAUACUCAGCAGCAUCCGCCGCCAAAUCACUGCCCACAUGACCACACUGGAAUUGGAAAUUUCCGCGUGCCGAAUACCUACCGUCCCGGCUCACUCUAACCGCGAACUGAAGGCACUGGACGUCAAAGCCCGCAUUGAGCGGUUGCGAGCAUGUGGCUGGAAACGUACGCGUUUCGACGCCCAGCGAUACGAAAGACUGACGGAAAAUGCGCUCGCUGAUAUGGUGGGUUGA